GAGAGAGAGAGAGAGCAGUGGCAGUGAGGAGAGAUCGCUAUCAGCUGAAUUGAUUGCAGUAAACGUCUCCCAAGGGUUUCAAGGGGAAAAGGCAAUUCUUGCAUUAGCAAUAAACUAUCCGAUGUUAGUCACUGUGACUGGGAGAUCGGACCGCUUUAUUGGGAACAGCGCUCUGCCGCUGCAUUCGGGUGUACACGGGGAAGGGGUGGGAGCCAAAAGUCCCCCGUUCUUCGCCUAAUGUAAUCAUUUAAUCUUUUGAAGGCAACGCGGAACUCGGGGGCGCCUCUGAACCAGCACAAGAGGCAAAAGACUGCUGCUGGGGCAUCGUGCUGCGGAUAAACUGAAUCGUUGCCUGGACCCGGACCCAAGUGGACAGCAUGCCCCCCGCAACACCACCUACCUUCGGGGAGUCUCGGACAGAGUCACUAGGACUACGGAGUACACCCAUCAAUAUGUGGAAUCGCAGCGUUGCCUGAAAUUGUAAAAGCCUGCGCUAGGUGUCAUUUACUGGGGGGAUCUGACCAGGGAUAGUUCACCAUGCUCAAUGGAUAUACAGUAAAACGGCUUUCAGAAUCUCCGAAAAAGGCCUCUGGAUCCAAAUUUCAAGUCCAACGGAGGCUGCAUCAGUCUGUGCCCAGCCGUGUGUGAAGCAAAAGAGAGAAACAGCAAGGGAGAGACUGAAAGAGAGGAAGAGAAGGAGGAGGGAGGGCUCUCCAAUGAUAACCCUGAGUGUACGUUACACGGCUCUCUGGUAGCCACCAUUUUAAAUUGGCCCUCACAGUGCUCCGCAGCGGCUGACUGAGAGUGAAAAUGUGAUGAGCUUUUCUGUCGUCCCCAUAGCGAGCGAGCGUGGAUGGAGGCCGGCUAAGGAGGCACAUUGCUUAAUGAGACCAUUGCUCUUGUGUUGGGAGGCUUAGGACAGGCAAUUACUGAGGGAUUACCACCAGAGGCCUCCUCCAGCAGUGCUGCUGCCGCCGCUCGGCCACUGCUUACUGCUGGGGCAGAGAACUAAGCAGACACAGCUUGUUACAGAUUUUUUUUUUUCCUCUUUGGAUUUUUAUUGUUUUUGUUCCUUUUUUUGUUGUGGUGGUUGUUGGUUGGAAUUUGUAGUUUUUCUUACGACAAAUCGUCUGUAUGUUAUAUUGUUAAUAAUGGAGCUCCAUCAGUCAGGGCAUGUGUGGAAUAAGGACUGGGUCUCUUUCCUCAGGCCAUGGAUACCCAUACUGCUGGGCCUGCACAUGCAGUUCUCCCGGGCGUCCGGGUCCAGCUGCCCAGAGGAGUGCCGCUGUGACAGGACCUUUGUUUACUGCAAUGAGAGGAGCCUAACCUCGGUGCCUCUAGGGAUCGGAGAGGGCUACAAGACCCUCUACCUCCACAACAACCAGAUAAACAAUGCCGGCUUCCCCUUGGAGUUUCACCACGUAGCCUCCGUGGAGAAUGUCUAUCUCUACGGCAACCAGCUUGACGAGUUCCCCAUCAACCUGCCCAAGAAUGUUCGGGUGCUGCACCUGCAGGAGAACAAUAUCCAGACCAUCUCCCGGACCGCACUGGCCCAGCUGCUGUGGCUGGAGGAGCUACAUCUGGACGAUAACUCCAUCUCCACGGUCGGGGUGGAAGAGGGGGCGUUCAGAGAGGCCAUCAGCCUCAAGAUGCUCUUCCUUACAAAGAAUCAUCUGAGCAGCGUCCCUAUUGGUCUACCGGAAGAUCUCAAAGAGCUGCGAUUGGACGAGAACCGGAUCGCGGUUAUCGCCGAGGAGGCGUUCAGGAAUGUGACGAGGUUAGAGCGCCUCCUGCUGGAUGGGAACCUGCUGACAGACGAGGGUGUGGCGCCUGGAACCUUCCAGGACCUGGUAAUGCUCCGGGAGCUGUCGCUGGCACGGAACUCCCUCACCUACCCGCCCCCGCUGCUCCCGGGGGACGUUCUGGUGAAGCUGAACUUUCAGGAUAAUCAGAUGAAUGAGAUCCCUGUGACGUCCUUCGAGGGACUGAGAAGGCUAGAGAGGCUGGAUAUUUCCAACAACCAGCUGCAGUCCCUGACACAGGGGGUCUUUGACGGCCUCGUCAGCCUCAGACAGCUCACUGUUCGGAACAACCUUUGGCUGUGUGACUGCAGCAUUAACUGGGUCAUACUGUGGUUAAAGUCCCUGCCAACCUCCCUCAACGUGCGCGGCUUCAUGUGCCAGAAGCCUGAGAGGGUCCGUGGCAUGGUAAUCAGAGAGCUGAACACUGAGCUGAUCCAGUGCCCUGACAGCACCACGACUGCCCCGCCGCCCAUCAACCUGCCCCCCACCUCACCAGGCCUCACCUCCCGCUCCCCUCCCUCCUCGACAGACUCCCCAUCAGACAUGCACUCCCUCUCUCCCCCCUCCAAGCUCCCCUCCUCACCCACACAUCACCCCCCUCUCUUCUCCUCUUCCCCUCCCAGAGACCGGGAACAGAGGACUAACCUGCCACCUCUGGACCCAGAGCGGGAGAACCUGCAGAUCAAGUUCACCAUACUCAACGGUUCAGCCAUCCACGUCAGCUGGGUGGCCUCCUUCCCUGUCACAGCCUACAAGGUCACCUGGGCCAAGAUGGGUCCCAGCCUGUCUGGAGACACGGUCCGUGAUAGGAUGGUGGGAGGGGAGCACCGGGGCAUACGGUUGGCCAACCUCGAGCCUAAAUCCACCUACCGGAUCUGUGUCAUCCCCUUAGACGCGUUCAAUAACUACCGGCCCAAGGAUGAUACAGUGUGUUCAGAGGCUGUGACUAAGCCGGUCUCCUAUGGUCCAGAUAAUAAUAAAGGUCCGUUGUGGCCGGAGCAGGCCACCCAGCAGGACCCUAGCUCUCCCUUCCUCCUGGCUGGCCUCAUUGGAGGCGCUGUGAUCGUUGUCCUGGUGCUUCUCCUCAGCAUAUUCUGCUGGCACAUGCACAAGAAGGACCGGUCGUCCUCGACCAAUUGGAAAUACAACAAGGGCAGGAGAAAAGAUGACUAUGGAGAGGCAGGGACCAAAAAGGAUAACUCUAUACUGGAAAUGACUGAGACCAGUUUCCAGAUAGUGUCCCUGAACAACGAGCAGCUCCUGAAGGGAGACUACCGCAUACAGCCCAUGUAUACCCCUAAUGGGGGCAUAGGCUUCAGAGACUUCCCUGUGGGGAACAAUAGCACAGUAUACUGCAAGAACAAUGUUCAAGCAGACACAGACUUUUGCCGUGCAUGAUGGUUUUGCACAACAGAGUGUUAUAGAACCCCCUUUGUAUUAACACAUACACUUAACUACAUACAGUACCCUGUACAGUAUAUAUUUCAUAGACCCCUGUGUCUACAAUGUAAUUUAUACACCAGCUGAACUAUAAUGUUGAAUUCAGCUACCUUUUAUAUUCCCUUAGUUAAAAUGCUAAUUGAUUUAUAAGUUAUUGGUUUCUUGAAGUUGUGUUACUCGGUUCUGUGCAGACAGAUUUGUCCAAUCAGAGUUCUCUCAUCAUUUUAUAUAAAGUUUGAUUCUGAUUUGAGCUCCAUAACCGCUGGGCCAUUUUAUAUUCAGUUUGGUUCUGAUUUGAGCUCCAUAACCACCGGGUCAUUUUAUAUUCAGUUUGGUUCUGAUUUGAGCUCCAUAACCGCUGGGCCAUUUUAUAUUCACUUUGGUUCUGAUUUGAGCUCCAUAACCGCUGGGCCAUUUUAUAUUCAGUUUGCUUCUGAUUUGAGCUCCAUAACCACUGGGCCGUUUUGAAGUCAUGUGAUAGCCAGACAGUGUACUCAUUGCUACAAAAUUUGCCUCGCCAGUGAGGAAUCUAACAAGCACAGUGUCCAUAACAGAUAUGGCUAUCCCAUGUUUUGGCAAUGGGAAUUGAAAUAAUUGGGGGUUAUGUAAAUUAGACUUGCUGUGUCAACUCAAUGUGACAGAGAGAACCAAUAUAAAGAACCAGCCAUUCAGGAAAUUAUAUUUGGAGAGAAAUCUUUUCUCACGGUAAGGAUUUGAGAGAGAGAGGAUCGGAGGGACAGAGGGAAGGAAGGAGGGAGUGAGAAAGAAAGAGAGAGAAAUAGAGAGAGUGAGAGGGGGUGGAGAGAGCGAGAGAGGGAGAGAGAGAGAGUGAGCAGAAUCUGUGCAUUCAAAUAUACCACAAGAGGGCAGAGUUUUUUUUAUGAUGGUCAAUUAGUCAUUACAUUAAUUUCUUGGACAUUGCUUAGUACUGAUCAGAGAACAGAGAUUCUACAGAUGUCGUCCUGCUGCAUUGAGUGACAUCUCUCUCAUCUUCACAUAUCACAACAACAACAACAACAAAAAACAGAGAGAUCUGUUGGCCUAAAAGCUACACGGACUCCUGGGUUUGGAGUGCUGAUCAAGGAUCAGUUUAGCCUUUUAGAUCAUAUUGAAUAAGAAUUCAAUGGACAGGAGGGAACUGAUUCUAGUUAACCUCUCCUACUCUGGAAUGCUUUACGAAUAGAAGCCCUAAUCCAAGUAUUUCUCUCAAUAACAACCCACUCCUAUGUUAUUGGCCACUGGUCACUUACCACAACUUGGAUAUAGAGUUUAUGAAACGGUAGAAGUAAUCAAGCUUUGUUGAACCUUUUGAUUGUUUCCCAAGCUGUUGAAAGAUUAGUUUUUUUUUAUGGACUUGACUCUGCAAAUCAUGCACAAGUCAUACGUUUGCAUUUUACGCUUUCCAUUAAGUAGAAUUACAGCGUAAGGAAACUGUACUGUUUGUGAUAGUUGAGAAUGAAAGAUGGGUGUUAAACACAUAGCAGAGUUAACUGGAACAAGCAUGUCUGUCCAGAAGGAUGGAAAGCAACUAUUUCAGUUUUUGUUCAACAAAAAAUGAUGUUAUGGUAUUACAUUAUAUGUGCCUUGAAAUUAUCCGCUCAUAAUGUAAUGUCUUUUGAAUCCAUGUUUUUGCACAAACGUGUACUGUACUGUAUAUACAUACAAUUGACAUUGAAUUGUUGUUGAAAAAAACUAUUGCCUGGUAUUUGAUGAUUUAUUUUUGUCGUAUUGCUUUUUCUUUUCUUCUUUUACCUCACUUUAAAUUCCCUUCACAUUUGAUCUCAGAAUGUUCCUGACUUCUAAGAUAACAGGAAAUCAUUUUUAGAGAUUUGAUCCAUGAUGCUACUGUCUUCUCUGGGAGAAAUACACAAAUGAUGUAGAGAAGCUAUAAUGAUGCUUUGAGUUAUUUUCCAUCAACAUGUCUCUUCAGAUCUCACCAAUUUGGAACAGACUUUACAUGUGUAGGCUGAAUAAUUAAGACAAUUCUGAAACACUGAAUGUUACCCUUGAGAACCAAGUCUGGGCAGAUGAUACUGCAAUUUGUUUGUUACAAAAUGUAUUGUGUCCCAUAUCAAAUCACUUGUUAAGGGGAUUUAGAACAUUGAGGGGUUGCUUUUAUAUCUCUAACAUUCCAAAACCAUAUACAGUACUGUAGUAAGUUGCAUCCCUCAUCCUCAGACAUUCAUUCAACCUCUGACAUUCGGUUUCAUGAAGCUUCUAUUUUAUAAUCUAUUUACCAAGACUCUAUUCUAAUUAAAGGUCAAUGGACAUGUUGUAAGGCAGAACUUCUUCAUUCACAAUUGAUACCUCUACCCACAUUGAAGGGCACACAGACUAGUAGUCCUCUUUGGCUCUCUGACACCUUUUCUACUGAAGGAUGCAAUUACAUGAACCAGUACAGAACCAGGCCAGGUUUCUGCUGUUGUCCUCAUUAGUCUUGU